UAUAGUAGUUAGUUAGCUGUCAGACACCAAUAAAGUCAGUGGAAUUUUUUCAUACAAUUUUUUUACAGACUUAAAAUAAAAUAUUUGGAGUUUUAUUCAAUGAAAUAUAGUAUUAUAUUGCAACGCUGUAAAGUAAAUAACUUUAAUUUGUACUUUUUUGUAUUUUUUCAUUUUCUUUCUCACUUGAUGGCAUUAGAAAUAUUGAUAAUAAAGUGGCAAGUAUUUUAAUCACUGACAAAAACAUAUGAGAUGCAGGACGAUAUUAAAUCAUUUGGUAUGCUAUGCAAAGCGAUUACCAAGAAAGAUCUAUCUUUCGCUGAAAACUUGUGACAAACGGGGUUAACAGACGACCUCAGUCUGAUUUGAAACGUAAAAUGGAACAUGAAAAUUCCAGUUCGCAUCCAAAGGAGUUUGAAAUAUUUGAAUGUAGUAAAAUACCAAAAAAAAUCGACGAUAUGUGUGACGAUGCUAUUGAAAUGAUUUUAUCCUACUUGGAAUUAGCAGAUUUGGCAAAUAUUUCCGAUGUCAGUAAACGCCUGCAAACUAUUGCUAAAUCAAUAUAUUCUCGAAAACACGCACAUCGUUUGAUAUGUAUUGAUGCUUUUCAAUUUGAUUUGGAUACAGUCCAUUUUAGUUUUUAUUGUAAAAUCAAACCAAUCAUUAGAAUUAAUGAUGCAAAAGUGUGGUUUAAAUUGAUUCGUAAUUUCGGUGAAUCCAUCAAAUAUAUUUAUAUUCAUUCUGAUUAUCAUCCACGUAGUUGGGAUGAAAGAAAUAUACCAAGCUCCUACAAGUACGUUAUCGAAUACAUUUUAGAAUAUUGUGCAGAUUCAUUGGAAGUAUUAGAAUUUUUUGCAUAUCCAUUUUUGCCAUUAAAUAAGCCAUUAACAAAACUUAAAAAAUUCAUUGGACAAACUAGAGAUGUUAGUUUUGAUGCAAUAGAAUACAUGCCGAAUCUAAACUAUCUGUUUUUAUCAUGUAUUCCAAUAACAUUAGAAAGAAAAUGUUUUCCACAUAUGGAUGAAUUCAGAACAACUUUGGAGAGUAGAAAAGAUGUUGAUUCAUUUAUUUCUUUUUUACAUAUGAAUCGUCAAAUCAAAAAAUUGUGGUUAGCAUUUCCAUCAGAUGAUUCCUUCGAUUUAAUUAUUCCAUCGUUGAAUGAAAUUUUACCAGAAUUGAAAACUUUGAAAAUACAAGCAAACUAUGAAUCAAAAAGAGAUCGAAUUCCAUUUUCUCGGUUCAAAACAAUUGAUACAUUUUCAUGUAAAGGUUUUUCACCUGAUAAAUUUUAUGGAUCAUUUGUGUUCAAUGAUUUCAAAAGAUUGUCUUUUAGUCUUCUUCUGGACAUUCUGGACAGCAGCGAUGUAGCUUUGAUGAACUUGACGUUACAUAUGAAAAAUUUGAAAAUACUAAAGAUACCUAGCAAAUUGUUUAUAAAAAAUUGUCAAAUCCUGCUCAGCGAAUUAUCUGAGUUGGAAUUAAUUAUAAUACAAAAUAGUAGGCAGCAUGAAAACAAUGUUUUGACCCAAAUUCUUGGCAGCCAAUGGAAACAGAUACUAAUGGAAAGAAACGAACUUUGUUCUCGUGCUUAUUCUUGCGAUAUUUAUAAACUGAAAUUUCAACGCAAGAAAUAAGAAUGUUUGGAACGAACUCUGUUUAUUUUUUACCAUUUUGCACGUGUAACUGUAUAUUCAUAUUCCUUUUUAUUUUCUAUUAUAAUUUCUACGGUCAUAAUUUCUCCCAUACGAAAAAAAUAGAAAUUGUGGCCGCACACUUAUCUAUACUUAAAGUAAGAAUAAAAAACAUGAAGCAAAGACAUUGGAAUAAAAAACAAGACCGCAGAGCUUCGCUUCGCUCCGCUCUGCGUUCUUGAUUUUUUAGUUACUUAAUCUAUUUUGUUGUUUCACAACAAACUAUUUUUUGGCGCACUACAUGAAAUGUAUUUCAUCAAAGUAACUUUGAAGUAAUAUAUAAGAAACAAAUAAAAUGUAUGAUACUAAUGUAUGAUAAAAUAUAGUUUGGAAAAAUAAAAAAAUUGUAUGUCAAUCUUUUAUGUAUAUAUGAAGUGUUAUAUAUUAAAUCUUCAUUAGUGCACCGGUUUUAAAUCAAAUAAAGAAUAUGAGCAUAUAAUUUAAA